UACCAGCAUCAUUGGCAAGAGGCCAGAUAUUGUGUGUGUGUCUGUUCCGAUCAGGGAAAGGACACAAGAAACAGGAGACACAAACACACACACACUGACACUCAGCAGCAGCAAUGGCACCAGAAGGUCUACGUGAGGAUGCAGAGCAGAAAGCCUUAGGGAGAAUGGAUGUGAUGGUUGUGAGCAUUUAGUUUGGGACGAGGCCGUCAGGGUGAAUCUCAUAGUGAAAGGGAAAGGGACGUGUCCAGGCUGUCUGGCUGUGCCUUGCCAUAGCUUGGCUGGGCUGUUGGUGUCUGCAGUUUUCCAGUCUGUUCCUGUCCUCAUCUACAGUACUGUCUCUGACUGGGAUUUAGCAGACAGGACAGGCUAGCUCGCUGGCUGGCUAACUAACACCUAGCCUUCUACUGGGAUUGGGCCUGAAUACCCAUGCCAUUGCUGUGGAUUUUGUUUUUAUGUUCCUUACUUUGUUCAUCAGGUUUAACUGGGUAAAGUACAGUAGACUAAUAAUAGUACUGAAGAAUAAAAAGGACUGGUCUGGAGGACUCUGGUUGCUGGAUACUGGGACUGUACAGGUUCUCAUAAUGUAGGGCUGUAAAUGCCUUGUUGAAAUGGAGCAUUUCUAUUGGUUGAGAGGAACUAUGAAUCUGUUACCAGGUUUGUCCAGGUUUUCCAGCAUGUUUGGGAAGAAGAAAAAGAGGCUGGAGAUUUCAGCUCCGUCUAACUUCGAACACCGGGUCCACACGGGUUUUGAUGCGCGGGAGCAGAAGUUCACGGGUCUGCCCCAGCAAUGGCAGAGUCUCCUGGCAGACACAGCCAACAGGCCGAAGCCCAUGGUAGACCCCUCCUAUAUCACGCCCAUACAGCUGGCUCCUAUGAAGAUAUCUCCCAAGAAAAUCCGGUCGGCCGAAACACCCUUGCGAAAAACCAUAGUUCGAGGGAACCGUCCCCCGAAGGAUGCGUCCAUCAAUGGUCUCCUGGAGGAGUUCGACAGCAUAUCUGUGACACGUUCCAACUCCCUACGUAAAGAAAGCCCUACGGGCUCCCACCAGGCUGGGGCCCCCAAACCCGCCUCCCACCACCCCCACCCCAACGAGGAGAACGGCUUCAGCCACUAUUACUCCCGGUACUCCUGUGACCUGGACACCUCCAGUAGGGACUUCUCUCUGGAGCCCUACAGGAAGGACAGUAAAGGCUUUGCUCCAGAUGGUGACUGGGCCGUGGGGAGACACUACCGCUUCCCCAAACAGAACGGCCACCUCACCCACGCCACCCGCAUCCCCUUCUACCCCGACGCCAUGCCUCAGAAGGCCGAUUACGCCAAGCUGCCUCCGGACUACCACACCUACCUGGAGAGCAAGGUGGCGGGGGCGCGCUCGGCCGACGAGGUGGGAUCAGGGUCCGGGGUGGGCAGCGGAGGGGGGUCCGCCGGGUCCACGACAGGGGGGUACUACCGUGCGUCCGUAGGUGGCUCGUCCAGUCAGGACUACCGGGACGCAUCAAUGGUGGGGACGCCGUCCCGCACAUCGCUGCACAGCGAGCAAAUCAACUACCCGGACAGCGAGUGGAGCUACAGCGGCGUUUCCAGAGAUGAGUACGAGAAGAGGCCCAAGUCGUCGUAUGUGAAGCAGAACAGCCCCACGCCGGCCAUCAGACAGCGCUCCAGGUCGGGGUCUGGCCUCCAGGAGCCCAACGUGCCCCACAGGGCCAGCGGCGUCUUUAAGAGUCCUCCUCAGACACACCCCUACAGCUCCUACACCUACCCACGCCUCUCAGAGACACUCACCAACUCACAGGCCAUGGCCAAGGGUGAUUACGACCGGCAGUCACGGGACGGGAGUCCCCAGGUCCCAGGGUCUGACACGUACCCCCGCGGGCCCCUCAAACUACCUCAGAGUCACAACAAGCCCUCUGGCUACCCCCCCGGACACCUCCAGUACCCCCCUGUGUUCCACCACUACAAACCCUCCCCCUACCACCACCCACCCUCACAGCCCAGCCCGCCAUACACCCCACAGGGGGCAUAUUCCCAGCCAUCGUCCCUCUACAUUCCCCUGGGGGCUUACCCCCCUCCUUCCUGGGGCUCCAGUUCAGACACCCAGCCAUCCAGGGUCUCCCACGAACAGUUCAGGGCCGCCCUGCAGCUCGUCGUCAACCCAGGUGACCCCAGGGAGUACUUGGACAGUUUCAUAAAAAUUGGCGAGGGCUCGACGGGCAUUGUGUGCAUUGCCAGCGAGAAGCACAGUGGCAAGCAGGUGGCAGUCAAGAAGAUGGACUUGAGGAAACAGCAGAGGAGAGAACUGCUCUUCAACGAGGUGGUGAUCAUGAGGGACUAUCACCAUGAGAACGUGGUUGAUAUGUACAACAGCUACCUGGUCGGAGACGAGCUCUGGGUCGUUAUGGAGUUCCUGGAGGGCGGGGCCCUGACGGACAUUGUCACUCACACGAGGAUGAAUGAGGAGCAGAUAGCCACAGUGUGUGUGUUGGUGUUGAGGGCUCUAUCGUACCUCCACAUACAGGGAGUCAUCCACAGAGACAUCAAGAGUGAUUCUAUCCUCCUGACCAGCGAUGGACGGAUCAAGCUGUCAGACUUUGGCUUCUGUGCCCAAGUGUCCAAAGAGGUGCCCAAGAGGAAGUCUCUGGUGGGCACGCCCUACUGGAUGGCACCAGAGGUCAUCUCACGGUUACCCUACGGCACAGAGGUGGAUAUCUGGUCGUUGGGCAUCAUGGUGAUAGAGAUGAUCGAUGGGGAACCCCCGUACUUUAACGAACCCCCUCUACAGGCCAUGAGGAGGAUACGAGACAACUUGCCCCCACGGCUAAAGGAGUCACACAAGGUAUCGUCGGUGCUGAGGGCUUUCCUGGGCCUGAUGUUGGUUAGAGAGCCGUCUCAGCGAGCCACAGCCCAGGAGCUGCUCCAGCACCCCUUCCUCAAGCUCUCGGGUCCCCCAUCCUGCAUCGUCCCCCUAAUGAGGCACUACCGCCACCGCUGACCUGACCUCCCGCCACCAGGGCGGUGCUCCACACCUUGCCAAACAAACACACACCUGACCUGAGAGACUACGCCACUAAAACAAACGCUCACACCUGUAACCGUGCAGUAGUUUAGCUUGAGGGAAUGUUUACAAAGAAAAGAUUAAAGAAAAAUGUGAUAUCCUCUAUUUUGAGAAACACUAUAUAAAGUUCAACACUGGAGUAUAGGGAAAUAUACUGUAGGAGUCUCAGUCUUCUGUGGCCGACUUGCUGCCUGUCCUGGCGCCAAAUGCAAACAAGAUUAGCCUCUUGGUUUGAACUCUUUGGAUUCUCUAGGCUGUUAGACCAGUAGAGAUUUGUAGGGUGGGUGGUCCUGGUGAGGUUUCCUCUCUUCUUGUCUGUAGGGUUAUACUGUAGUAACCAUUGACUAGAGCGUAGAUGGUGUGAGGUGAUUGCCUGAGACUGCCUGGCUGGCUGCCAUGUUGAGGGACCCAUGAGACAUGCCAACCGCCCCGGAUAUGAGCAGUCCAUCUCAGAACAAUCAGGAAGCAGCGUUUGGUGAUGUCAUAGCGGUAUGGUUGUGUCUUAGUCUGACUGGAAGACAGGCUCCUAUUGGCAGAAUUAAACAUCGCACUUUUCACUUCUCUCGUCUCACACUAAUAGUGAAAAUGUAUUUUAGAGAAAGUUUUUCUGUACAGUUUUGAUAAUUUGCAGUAUUUUUAUUGUGUCGUAACUAUUGGGAUAUGGGCAGUAUUACAUAUAAAUCAGAGUUUCUGCGAAGAUCUUUCUUACUGUUUAUAAUAAUACAUUUUUGAUUAAGAAUUUAAGAGAUAUCCCAAAUAAACCAACUCUUAACUGUUACAAAAAUAAACCUGAAUAUAUUUAUUAUCCCACAUUUGUAGAGAGAAUCUCCAUUGAGUUUGUAAAAACGCGUAAUGCCAGAAUGUUGUAUGCUGUUUUAAAGUUUGUAUUUAUUUUUUUGAAUUGAAGGUUUAUUUUUUGCUAGUGUGGCCUUUCUUUCUUUUUGAUUUACAUUUAUAAAUAUCAACAGCCAGACAGACAGUGAUAUUGGUUAUAUCAUACAAGCAAUACCACAAACGUAUCUAUCAUCACCAAUGUAGUAAUCUUUUGACAAUGUAAUUUAACACAAAUCACACGUAGCACUGUUUGAGUGGAUUGGCAGGAAGAGUUUAUUUGAAACAGAGCCAUUUUCUUUACCCAUCAUCACACUCCUAUAAAUUCAAAGGGCACUCAUACAAGACUCCUACAGUAAUAUCUGAGCUUCUCAGUCUGACACACACACAGUGAUAAAAGGUCUUAUUUUCCACUCUCACACAACUUGGCUGUUAUCUGUUUCUUAUCUUACCAUGCACACACGCGCGCACACACACACGCUCAGCUCACACACACACACACACACACACACACACACACACACACACACACACACACACACACACACACACACACACACACACACACACACACACACACACACACACACACACACACACACACACACACACACUGGGACUGUGCCGCAAUCUGAUUCUCAGUUCUGAUUGGACCAGAGAACAGUGUAACACCAUAUGGUUUUUACCCAUCAUUCACUGUGAUAUGUAAAUAUGAACAUGUGUGUGCUUGAGAGUGUGUGUGUUUGUGUGUGUGAGCUGGCUUAUCCUUGACUACUAUCGGGGGUCUUGAAUGGGUUCUACUAUCCAUGGUGUUGCUUGUAUAGUGAUAUUGCAUGUGUGUUAUCAGUGAAACUGGUUUUGAUUAAAAAAGCGUAACAAAACA